UACGACAAGAAGAAGUUUGUGGAAAGGUUCUGCUUGUUUUAGGCAUCAGAAUGGAAAUGUUUGCUAAACUUUUUGGCAGUGACAUAAUGACCAUCCAUAAUCCUGUGUAUCCAUUAAAGUUUGAACGUUUUGGUCUGGGAGAUCCAAAGAAAGACCCCGAAUUUUGCUCGCACGUGGAAAAUCUUGUGUGUGCUGGUAAUCCAGUGUCAUCCGAAAUGAGCGCCGCAUCCAGCUCUUAUUGCAGCAAAAGAAUUUUUAAAGCAGAAGAAAAGGCAAGGAUGGCGUAUUCCAGCGAGGACCCUGUAAAAGUAGCGAAAGACGCCUUGUCUAUUUCUCCUUAUUGCCCCGAAGCUUACAACGUAAUGGCUGCGUGUGGCUCGGACACCUAUGAAGAAGCACUCGAUUAUUACAACAAAGCAGUUGAAGUUGCUCCAAAAGUCAGCCCAGAAUUUGAUUCUGAGAUUGGUGAAGGUAAAUGCUGGAGUUACAACCACCUUCGAAGCUACUUUCGAGCUGUUCAUGGUCAAGCUAACACGCUACGCAAGAUGAACCGGAAUAAGGAGGCUUUGGAAAAAUAUCUUCUUCUUGAAAAACUGGACAGUAACUUUUAUAGCUGGUCAUCCUUUGCUAACUGGAGAUACCAUGUGCUGGAAGUCUACAUGAAACUAGGUGACGAUAAGGGAGCUCUUAAAUUUGCUUCCAAGAAAUCUAAUGAACAAGCAUUUGCUUUAGCCUCAUCAGCCACUGCUUGGCUUUGGAGCCUUGCUUUGCUAGAAUAUAGGUAUAAACACCAUAGAGGAUUUGCUAGUGAUUAUUAUGAAAACUUGGAGCAAAUGUCACCUUCAACACCUCCAAUUGGUGCUAUAAUGAGAGCAGCCCAAGCAUCACGCCAUGUUAUCAGCUUCCUUACUGGAGAGAGAGAGUUAACCAAUAUUAGCAUUCCCCACAUGAUGAAAUCUGAGAACUCCCUGAGUAAUGCUGCUGUGUAUUGCAUGUCAAACCUAGAGCUUUGGAAGAGUACUCCUGGGGCAAUUGAGUGGGCUGCAACCAAUUGCCGCACACACUACUGUCUUCUCAUGCUCAGGAAAGAAAAGGAAAUACUAGGCUUUCUAAAGCUGGAAUCCACUUUAGACAAUUUUAGAAAAAUGGUCAACAAAGGAGUUUUCCUGGAAGCUUCCCUACCAGGAUUUGGGGGACGACUUGUGAGUGAGGCUGUCAAAGCAGAUUCCUCAAGUUAUCUGGAAGUUUUGCUGAAAGCUGGUGCUAAAGUUGUACCUGAUUUGUAUGGUAAUAUGCCUCAACCUCUUCAUAUUGCCUGCUAUUAUGAUCAUCAUCCAGACAUCAUAAAGAAGCUCUGCAAAUAUGGUGCAGAUUCAAGUUGUAAGUAUGGUUUACAUUAUAGCCCAAUAGAAAUGGCAGCAGAACAGGGAGCUGUGGGAGCACUGAAGACAGCAAUCAGUUGUUUACCAGAAAAUUCAUCCAGAAGCAAGAAUGGGAUAAUGGAUGAUAUCCUCUUUGUUUUGUUCAACACAUCUUGUUAUGAUUGUAUCAAUGGAAAGGGACCCAAAUGCCAGCGCUGUUUACAUGAUUCCCAGCCACACCCAAAAAAUGCUUCUUUUACUGGAUGUGUUGAUGUGGUCCUUAAUGCUGGAUAUGUUCCUACAAAGAGGAUCCUAAUUCGUCUCCAUCAAAUGCACAGUUUCAAGCCAGAGCUAUUUCAAUACAUCCUCCAAUCUGCUAUCAAAUUGUCUCCGUCGUUAAAGACCUUCUUACAUAUCGAUACAGAGCAAGCUUGGGAAAAUAUGUGCAGUUCUUGUGCUGAAGGGAACAUCAAGACAAUGAUGUGUUCAGGCUGUCGUAAUAUCCGCUACUGUUCCAGAAAGUGUCAAAAGGCUGACUGGAAGAAUCACAAGAAAAUGUGUUUUCCCUGAAAGGACCGAUCUGUCCAAGACUAUAGGAAGGCAGAGUCCAGUUUGACAAUUAAUUUUUGCAUCAUGUUAUUAUUUAGUUCAAAAACACCUUGGUAUAUUAUAUAUUAUUAUAUAUUUUAUAUUCAGACAAGAAAUUGUUUUACAAAACAGAGAAAUGUUUGCUUUCUCUUAUUUAGCAAUAGUCAUACGUAUUUGUUAAACAAUCUCAUUACCAAUAUUAACAUGUUGAAUUAGAUAAUGAGAGCAUCACAGGAAGAAGAUGAAAAUAUUGGCAUAGAGAUUGCUUCUACAGAAAAAGGAGAUAUCAGAAUAGAAAAUUGUAUUUAAUAUCUGUAAUAGAACCAUCAUCUGUUUGGAAAAGAUGGUCCUCAUCCUAACAUACACCUCAUAAGAAUGCAUGACCCUGGGGAGGGGGACUCCAGGAAAAAAGUACCGGGGAUGUUCGUCGGAAAUUUUCAAAAAGACCCCUAAAGGAUACCGGAAGUCUUAAAAAAGGGCACAGCUGAAUGAUUUUUAACCCCUAAGAGAUACCACAACAAAUAAUAAGUUUGCUCGAGUAGUAAUUAUUCUUCUUACACUAGGUAUCUGGCCUAUAAAAAGUGCCUAGGAUAAGCCAUAUAGAUGCGCGCUUCUCUCCUUUUCCAACACCCUAAGAGAUACCAGAAAAUGCUGAUUUUCAGAAAGAUACCAAACCACGAAUUUUUACCCCUAAGAGAUACAACGAGCGUCCCCGGUACUUCUUUCCUGGAGUCAUCCCCGGGUAAAUGACCAAUGCAAGUGUUUUCUUUAUUCAUUUUUGAUCACUAAUAUUGGAUUAUAAUUGCCCUAUCUUGCUAUGAUGUCACACAGCUUCAAUUAUUAGGUUAAGGGGGAUACAAUAAAAGUUGAUAAUACUAUAAUACAUAAUAAUACAAUAUGUCUGGU